AUGUUGGAAGCAGCCAAAUUUCUACUGCCUGCUGAGAACAUUGAAGGGGCCAAUCUGCAAACAGUUGAUCCUGAGACACAUGCUCGAUUGGAGGCCCUUCUAGAAGCUGCAGGAAUUGGAAAACUGUCCACACCAGAUGGGAAGGUCCUAACUGACCCCGACGUAUUAAAAAAGCUUACAUCCUCCGUUAGUUGUGCGCUUGAUGAAGCAGCGGCCGCACUUCAUAGAAUGAAAGCCGAACAGCAAGGCCAGUUAUCAAGUGAAGAAGGCACUCGAUCUUUAGCCGAAGCAUGCAGUGAUGGAGAUGUGCCUGCAGUGAAAAAGAUGUUACAAGAAGGAAGCAGUGUACACGAAACAACAGAAGAGGGGGAGAGUUUGCUAUCCCUUGCAUGCUCUGCAGGAUAUUAUGAAUUGGCACAGGUUUUACUGGUUAUGAAAGCUAAUGUCGAAGACAGAGGAAUUAAGGGUGAUUGUACCCCUUUGAUGGAAGCCUCAAGUGGAGGUUUUGUGGAUAUAGCAAAAUUACUUAUAACACAUGGAGCAGAUGUUAAUGCCCAGUCAUCAGCUGGAAACACACCUCUUCACUAUGCAGCCUGUGGGGGCUUUGAGGAUGUUGUGAUAGUAUUAAUUGAAUCCGGUGCCAAUGUUGAAGUUCACAAUGAAAAUGGUCACACUCCUUUAAUGGAGGCAGCCAGUGCAGGCCAUGUUGGAGUUGCUAAAAUCUUAUUAGAUGCAGGUGCCGGCAUAAAUACUCAUUCCAAUGAAUUCAAAGAAAGUGCACUCACAUUGGCCUGUUACAAAGGUCAUUUGGAAAUGGUUCGUUUUCUUCUAGAAGCUGGUGCUGAUCAGGAACACAAAACUGAUGAGAUGCACACAGCUUUAAUGGAAGCAUCUAUGGAUGGGCAUGUUGAAGUAGCAAAGCUAUUGCUUGACAGUGGGGCUCAGGUAAAUAUGCCUGCAGACAGUUUCGAAUCACCUUUGACAUUGGCUGCCUGUGGAGGACAUGUUGAAUUAGCCAACCUUCUCAUUGAGAGAGGAGCAAAUCUUGAAGAAGUGAAUGAUGAAGGUUAUACCCCACUUAUGGAAGCGGCUCGUGAAGGUCAUGAAGAAAUGGUUGCUCUCUUGUUAGCUCAUGGUGCUGAUAUAAAUGCCCAAACAGAAGAGACUCAAGAGACAGCUCUAACCUUGGCUUGCUGUGGUGGUUUUCUUGAAGUAGCAGACUUUCUUAUUAAGGCUGGUGCAGACAUUGAACUUGGCUGUAGCACUCCUCUUAUGGAAGCUGCACAAGAAGGCCACUUAGACUUGGUUAGCUACCUUUUGACAAAUGAGGCCAACGUUCAUGCCCAAACAGCAACAGGAGAUACUGCACUAACUUAUGCCUGUGAAAACGGACACACAGAUGUUGCUGAGGUACUUUUAGGUGCUGGUGCUAAGCUGGAACAUGAAUCAGAAGGUGGUCGAACACCUUUGAUGAAGGCGGCACGGGCUGGGCACCUGUGUACUGUAAAAUUUUUGAUAAAUAAAGGGGCCAAUGUAAAUCGUCAGACCUCCACAAAUGAUCACACAGUGCUUUCUUUGGCAUGUGCUGGUGGACAUAUUGAAGUUGUUGAGUUGUUGUUAAACAGUGGAGCAGACCUUACUCACAGGCUAAAAGAUGGUUCCACUAUGAUAAUUGAAGCUGCUAAAGGAGGUCAUACUGCAGUUGUGAGCUUAUUGUUGGAUUUUCCAAAUCGAUUUUUGCAUUCAACCCCUGAAUUUGUUCAACCUAAUCAACAACAACAUGAUGCAAAUCAUGCCACUGAACAUCGUGUUCCAGUGCAUGGUCUUGGCAAUAUUGUUCCACCCAAUGAUCCAGAUUCUGGAACUGUCAACACAAGUGGUUAUGUCCAAAGCCAUUCAGAAUGCGAGGUACCAGGUUCCAGUGCAACAUUGGAGAUGCCCCAACCUCGACAAACUAUCCAAAGAAUGUCUGUGCAGCAACAACAACAACAGCAGCAGCAACAAGAUCAACAGGUUCAGAUUCUUCAGUUAUUUUCUCAAAACCCAUUAUCACAGACACAGUCCCCACUACCGCCUUUGCAGCAGCAGUCGCAGCAGCAGCAGCAGCAACAACAACAACAAUCACAGCAACAACUGCAGCAACAACUUACCACGCAGCAGGUCCAUCCUCCCAACCAGCAGGUAUCUUCUCCUCCUCCUCCUCCCCCUCCUCCACAGUUGCAGACACAACAGGUUCUAGCUCCAUCUACGGCCACCACCACCAUUACUACAUCUGCUGCUCCCAACCAGCUGCAGCAGCAGCAGCAACAGGGGGGCACGCCUGCAGUUGCCAUAGCAACAGGAGCCGGUGUUCAGCCUGUUGUUGCCCAACAUCACUAUUUAACCCCUCAGCAACAACAACACCUUCUACAGCAGCAAGCCCACCUGAUACAGCAACAACUUCAGGUAAAUCAACCAAGUAUUCUAAAAUCCAGAUGGAAACGUCACAUAAACAACAAUCACCAGGCCAUGCAAACGACACCCAACUCUAUAGGUUUAGAGACAGUACCACCUCCUUCAAGUACUCCUCAAACCCCAACCCCGUCUCCAGCAUCACCUGGAAUUUCCACGCCUCACCGCUUUGUGCCCCAACAUAUAGAUCUGGAUGCCCAAACAGAUAGCAACCACGACACCGCAUUGACGCUGGCUUGUGCCGGUGGACAUUCGGAGUUGGUCCGGCUACUGCUUCUGAAAAAUGCAGAUAUUGAACAUCGGGAUAAAAAAGGUUUUACCCCCUUGAUUUUAGCUGCCACAGCAGGUCAUGUAGACGUUGUUGAAAUUCUUUUAGAAUACAAUGCUGAAAUAGAAGCCCAGUCUGAACGAACCAAAGAUACUCCUUUGUCUCUAGCCUGUUCUGGUGGAAGAUUUGAUGUGGUAGAAUUGCUGCUAUCUCGUGUUGCCAACAAGGAACAUCGUAAUGUUUCAGAUUAUACUCCUUUAAGUCUGGCAGCAUCUGGUGGUUAUGUGAAUAUCAUAAAACUACUGCUUUCAAGUGGUGCAGAAAUUAAUUCACGAACAGGCAGUAAACUGGGUAUAUCUCCUCUGAUGUUAGCUGCUAUGAAUGGUCACUCAGCAGCGGUCAAGUUAUUACUUGACAUGGGCAGUGACAUCAAUGCUCAGAUUGAGACAAACAGGAAUACGGCUUUGACUUUAGCCUGUUUCCAAGGACGACACGAAGUUGUAAGCCUCUUGGUGGAUAGAAAAGCAAAUAUUGAACAUCGUGCCAAGACUGGUCUUACUCCACUGAUGGAAGCUGCUUCUGGUGGUUAUGUAGAAGUCGGAAAAGUAUUGCUGGAUAAAGGAGCUGAUGUGAAUGCAGCACCUGUGCCAUCCUCAAGAGAUACUGCACUGACCAUUGCUGCCGAUAAAGGUCAUUAUCGAUUUGUUGAACUGCUGCUCUCAAGGCAUGCUGCUGUAGAUGUGAAGAAUAAAAAGGGCAAUUCUCCACUAUGGCUCGCUUGUAAUGGUGGCCAUCUUGAUGUAGUUCAGUUAUUGGUUACACAUGGGGCUGACAUUGACAGUGAUGACAACCGUAAAGUUUCCUGUUUAGUUGCUGCUUUUCGUAAGGGACACAUAAAAGUGGUCAAGUGGAUGGUCAAACAUGUCACGCAGUUUCCUCUGGACAACGAGCUCCAACGUUACAUUAGCACAGUUACUGAUCCAGAACUCAACAAGAAAUGUCGGCAAUGUAAGGAGAUAAUUGUGAGUGCCAAAGACCGGCAGGCAGCAGAGGCCAACAAGAAUGCGACCAUCUUGCUGGAAGAACUUGAUAAAGAAAGGCAAUGGGAAGAGAGCAAGAGGGCGGCCGCUGCUAAACGCAGGGAACGAAAGAAGAAAAAGAAAAAGGAAAAAAUGGAAAAGGAGAAGGAAAGCAAUGCGAAAAACAGUUCUCCUGUUGCAGAAUUGAAUAGUACACCAAAGGAGGAAGAGGAGGAGGAAGAAGAGGAGGAAUUAGUACCUCUCGAGCCUCCCUCUGCUACUACUACAACUACAAUUGGUACAAUAACCAAUUGUGUGAUUACCGAAGCCAAAAUGAAACGUUAUCGGAAUUACCAAACUAAGGUCGUCAAUAACCCAAUGACGGUGACUUGUCUGAACUACGAACUCCGUAAAAACAAACGGGGCAAGAACAAGGUGAAAGACAAACCCCCGGAUGGUCGACCUCCCAAAUUAAACGCUUCCAAUACAAACAGUGGCACAGUUGGGAAUAACACCUCAAACGCAACUCCCACUGUUGUGUCCUCCACCAUUGCCAGUCAAACGACUUCAACUUUGACAACGUCCAUAAGUAAUAUUAAUGGGGACAAGGAGCCAGAUACUAGCUCUUCAAAUGGUGGAGCUGGUGGCAGCGGCGGCAGUGGUAGUGGUGGUGGUGGUGGAGGAGGAGGUGGCGGUGGCAGUAAGAAAAAGAAGAAAGAGCAUAUAAACUCUACACCCUCAGCCAUAGGAGAUUUGGAUGACUUUGGGACUCUUCCAGAUGUUUGUAUGAAGAUAUCUGAAAGAGAUAUUGAAAAAAUAACAAAAAAUUCUGAUAAAAAAUCCUCAAUAGAUUCUUUUGAUAGUUUAGCGCUUACAACAGAUAAAAGUUCAGGUGUCCUUAUGCUAAAGAAUCUUCAUUCAAAUAUUCAAAGUCCCAAGAGAGGGCAGAAGAAAGAAGAUGGCUGGAAAGAAGUUGUAAGAAAAUCUAAGAAAAUCACUGUAUCUGCCUCAGCCAUUAGCAGAGUAAUUGGGCGUGGUGGGGCCAAUAUCAAUGCCAUCAGAGAGGCCUCAGGUGCCCACAUAGAAGUUGAAAAACAAAAAGGUUCUGGUGAUAGGCUGAUCACCAUCAGGGGUUCUACAGAAGGAACAAGACAAGCACAUAUGUUGAUUGCGACUCUAGUGUCUGACCAAGACAAAGAUAUUUCAGAAAUUUUACCCAAGAGUAAUAAGCCGUCACGUCAGAGCCAGCAACAGCAGCAGCAAAUACAACAGCCACCACAGCAGCAACAGCAGUCUGGACAAACCCUACCCCAACCUUCUCCCCAACCCCCUUCCCAGCUGCCUGUCGAGUGGACAAGCUCAGGAAUAAACAGCGGUGGUAAUGACACUGGUAGUUCUAGCCAUACCUGCAAUACUUAUGUUGCCAGUGGGGUGUCAGUCUCCGAUUCGUGUUCAGUGGUCUGUAACAGCACUGGCAAGGUUCAGAGAGUGGCGCCAUCUAAACAACAAUUGCCAAAUUUGGCUAAUUCUAAUGUUGGUGUAGCUAAUACUAUGCAGCGACCAUUGUCUGUUCCCUCAUCUGGAGGCCCAAUUGCACAGUCUCAAGCCUGGACAACUAUGCAACCUUCAUCGUCAAUUGUCAACUCGCCUCAGCACAAUCCUAACCCAAAAAUGUUUUUCCCCUUAAGUGUAAGCCAUCAGCAUCAACCACCCCAGCAACAGCAGUUGUCAGCAAGGUCUCCUCCUUCUACAGCUCCAGUGGUCACCACAGCUGUUUCUGAGACGAAAGUUGUUAGGCAGUUGUUUCCAAAUGAUAAGCGAGUGCUUACAACGAUGCCUGCAGUUGUAACAACUACCCAUGCAACAGUCACGUUCACUAGUGCUCCUCUGGGUCUGAAACUGGUGACCUCUUCUGCUACAAGCACAGUAAAGACAGAAACCCUCUCCUCAACUAAUUCUCCCCAAAUUAAGCCUCCUUCAACAUCCUCGGGUAUGAAGGCAAGGCUUAUUGGUAAUUUGAAAUCCCCAGAGAUGCUAAAUCUUGUAGUGUCCAAUCCUGUCUCCCCUGCAGGUGUACAAGGGUCUGGAAACCACAACUGUUCUAUGCGGACAGGCAGUGGGAAUGCAAUGGCCCAAUCUCAGCUUUCUCCGGAGACGGUCUUGAUUCCUGUCUCUGUGACCAGUGAAUAUUCACCGUUUAACAACUUGUUCAGCAAUGUUGUAGCCGAGCAGGUAAUAGGCAAGAAGGACGACCACAUCGGGGAAAGGAUGAAUUUUGCCAGUGUAGCUGCUGCUGGGGUGCAAAUCAGCUCGGGCGUCCCCUCUCAGGUGUGCAUGAGCACCCCCAAACCCCUCCCAGCUGAGCCAAAGAUUGAUGCUGCCUUGCAGGCCAAAGCACCUGGCUAUAAGCCAAAUGGCCAGAGGACAAACUCUCCACAGCAUAGUAUCAUGACCGAUUUGGACCCCGUUAAAGCCUCCACAUUUCAUAAGUAUGGACUCCCCAUACAUAAUAGCACUGACACACUGCCAAAUACAGUGGCAUGUUCCCUGUCACCUCGUUCAAACAAUAUGGGGCACCAAGGAUUGUCACCCCGGCCUAUUAGGUCUGUCGUUCCCCUAGAAGCUGGUCAUCAGCGUAUCUUAGCUCCCGUAAUGUCUAGUCAGAAGGAAGAAUACACAAUCCCUAAUCAACCAAUGACCCUCCCUAAAAUCGACAGCACUCUCAACCCACUUGCACCAGAUUUCAAAAGUGUUUCCAACUCUCAAGGAAAUCUCCAUCAACAGUUCUUAAGCCGAGCAAACCUCUCUUCUGGAAAUCUCCAGGCUCCUAUAUUUGCUACCCACCCAUUAAAUCCUGCCUUUGUUGGUCCUAACUACAGCAGUCUGCACCCUCAAGCAAAUUACCUUCAGGUUGCUCCUCCCCCAAUGCCAGAUAUGUCAAACUUCAACCUUCUGUCUCAACUUGGGAGCCAAGCUAAUGCAAAUUUAAUGAACCCAAACCAACCUGUGCAGCGUCCAUUUUCUCCAUUACAUCCCCAAGUGCGGCCUAACAGUGCACCAUCCAUAGGGCUGAGGGCAAAAGAAAAUGUUGGUUCGAUGUCCAUUGGAGGCCAGGGUCCAUCAUCUCCAAUGCCCCCCAGUACAACUCCGCCUCCUCCGCCUCCACCUCCUCCACCUCCUCCUCCACCUCCCCAGUCUUUAGAACAGAUGAAACCGGCACCAGACGAGCGGAAACUUCUGAAGCCAAUUGGAGGAGAGCGAAUGCUCAAGAAAGGCAACCCAGAGUCUGAAUUCAAUCCCAUGAUCUGGGGACUUAGUUCAGAGUUGAAUUCAGACUGGGCAGUGAGCAGCUCUCCAAUAAUGGCCUCGGCCGCUAUGUCCACACCUGUGAUGACCUCUUCCACUGUGUCUGCUGGAAUAAUGACCCCUUCUCCAUACGGGGGAGUUUACUUGAGGGAAAGCGGCCUGAUCAACUGGGUCAGUCGUACCAGAGUAAUCAACAUCUGUUAUUGCACCACCGAAUCAGUAUGGUAUUCCAAGUGUCCCCUUUGGACCAGCAACUCACCCACCCAGGUACCCUCAAUGUAUGGGGUACCUGCUCCCAAGGAAGUAUGGAAGUUGCCUGCUACCGAUGCUACUGACAAAGUGAACUGGAACUGGAACCAGUCGAGUGCCAUGUGA